AUGGAUCCUCUCAGUGUAAUCAGCUCAACCAUUGGCAUCAUUGGAGCGGCUGCCAGCGCCUACGAGACCAUCAAGAAGAUCCAGAACCUUCCGAAGGCUUUCGACGAGGUGAACAAAAAUCUCCCUUUGGUCCGGGGUGUCCUUCAACGUGUCUAUGAAAGAAUCCAACGGAUAGAUCCCAGUGUCGACGAGAACAGCGACUCUAUCCGCGAGGCCAUCAACACCUGCCACGACAAAGUCGAGCUGCUCCAGAAGAUCUUCGCCACACUCGAAGAAAAAUGCAAGGAUCGAGACGCCGACAAGACUUGGAAGAGGGCCCGGGCCUGGUACCGUGAAGCUAUGCGUGGCAUGCAGGCUGAUCGUGUGGAGGGCCUGAUGAAGGAGAUUUUGGACCGCAUGCGGAUCCUGGCCAUGAGCCAAGUCUUCAGUCUCAACGAUGACCUUGACGAGAUCAAAGAGGCCAUCAACUCACUUUCAAAAGUUGAGCCAUCCCUGGAUGAUUCCGAGAUGGAGAUGGGAACGAUCUACGCGCAGCAAACAAAUCGUGACCACGCCUCAGGCACACAGUAUAACAUGUCUGGUGGUAUAAUGAACACAGGGAAUAACUCGGGGAAUACUUUCGGGGACGUUGGGACCUUGACAUCUGCAUCGCAUCACAUUCCUAAUGGGAAGAAUUUGAACUUUGUCGGCCGUUUGGAUAUCAUGCAGAAACUUCAAACAAUGCUGCGGUACAAAGAGUGCGAAUCAGUCGCUCUCUGCGGCUUGGGCGGCGCGGGCAAGAGCGAGAUCGCGCUCAGCUUCUCCCACUGGGUCAAAGACACCAUGCCAGAUCACUCCAUAUUCUGGAUGUCAGCUUUGAGCAGCGGUAGCAUUGACAAAUCCUACGGAGAUAUUGCUCACAAAGUUGGUCUUGACUGUUCUGAGGGUCUUAUGGUGAAGAUGGCGCUGCAACGAUAUCUGUCCUCCGGAAUCGCUAGCCCUUGGGUUCUCAUCAUCGACAACGCUGAUGACGAAACCAUGCUCAAGGAUAUGCUUCACGAUAGCGAUGGAAAUAGCGUACUUCCACGAGACGAUGGUUGUCUCACGCUGUUCACAACACGGUCAUGGGAUGUGGCCCAGUGCGUCUCGCAAGGGAAUGUGAUCGAUGUGGAGGCCAUGAACGAAGACGACGCAAAGAGCCUCUUGGUCAAGCUCAUUGGCAAAAACAGAUGGUCAGAGCCGGACAAAAUGGUUGACAUUCUUCUGGAGAAGCUUACUUGCUUGCCGCUUGCUAUCGCCCAUGCUGCAGCUUAUAUGAAAAGAAACAGGAAGUGCAUGAGCGACUACGUCAAUCUUAUGGCUGGUACCGACGAAGAUUUUAUCAAGCUUCUUCAGCAGCGGAUGGCAACUGGAAGAGCGACGGCUUCCGUCUUGACCACAUGGGCAAUAUCAUUCGAACAAAUCAAUACACAUCACCCGCAAGCCGCCACUUUACUAUCAUUUUGCUCUCAGAUUGAGCCAAAAGGGAUACCACGAACGAUGCUUCCCAAUUUCACAAAUGAGAUUGAGUUGGAUCAGGCUGUUGGAACGCUUUUGAGCUACGCCUUCAUCCGUGACCGAGGCGAUAUGGAACAGACGUUCGAUAUGCACAGCCUUGUUCACUUGGCCGCAGGAGUUUGGCUCAGAGAAAUGAAGGGUUCCAAAGCCGCCACCGAAGCUGCUGUAAUUCGUCUGGCUCAAUUGCUACCAGAAUCACCGCAGGAAAUUGUCGAAGAAUGGUGGGCGUACCUCCCGCAUGCUUGCAGACUUCUUAUGUCAAUAGAAACGGCCGAGAUUGAUCUGACUGAGAAAGUAUGGGAGGUGGGCUAUUAUGCCAACUAUUUCCUAUAUAGUGACCGCAGAUACCACGAGUCUGCGCAAAUAACCGAACGCGUACUCGAAUUAUGUGAAAGGAGGUGGGAUAAAGACGAAGCGUUCAUUAUAUCCACACGGAUCCUUCUGUUCAAAUCUCUCUCUGAGAUGGGGCUCAGGCAGAGAAAACGAGCAGUCGAAAUCGCAGAGCUUGUCCUUGAACAGACAAAACGUUCACGUUGGACUGAUGCAGCAAGUGAGAUCAAAGCAGAGCUGGAUCUUGUCUCAGUAUACCUCUCGGCGGGUCAAAAGAGCGAAGCUUCUGACCGGACAGAUAUAUUGGUGGCAAAGCUGAAAUUCUUCGACGUUCAUGAGCACACUUGGGUAUUAGAAGCAAAAGCCUAUCUGGGUCAGGAACUUCUCCGCAUCGGAAAACUCAAUGAAUGCAUCGACAUGCAGGAACAGGUUCUUGUACUGCACGAUGAGAUGGAGCAUGACGACGAACUACUAGUCUUGAGCGUGAAACAACAGCUUGCAUUAGCCUACGAAGCCACCUGA